AUGACGCUCUUCUACGCCCUCUUCCCGCGCGCCGAGGUCGUCGAUUGGGAGUAUACCGCCAAGUCGAAGGCAGCCGCGAAGCUGAGCAAGUCCCUCGAGGAAUUCCUGACCGUCACCAUGAGCAAACCACGCGGCUCAGUCCCCAACUCGGCGCUAGCCUCAACAUCGAGCACUCCCGCCCCACCUUCGCUCUCCGAAACACUCUCACUGCACGGGCUACCGCGCCCGUUCAAGCAGGCCAGCUUCAGCGCGCGCAUGGCGCGGAUCUCGUCGAACCUCUCGCGCCGAAACAAGUCGCUCAAGCAGAUCCUCCAGUCGGAACGCGAAGCCGCCCUCCGCGCCGCCGGCAUCGCUGCCGGCACCAAAGCGCGCGGCGCGCCGAAAAAGACGGUCGCCCCCGGCGAGAUCGUCGUUCCGGCCGCCGCAGCGGGGGCGGGGGCGGGGGCAGGGCGAAUGUCGGAGACGGCAAAGUCGAAGUUGACGGGUGCGGCCAAAAAGGCGUAUGCGAGGAGGGAGGAGAGGGAGAGGCUGCAGCGCAUCGCUGCUGCCGAGGCGGCUGAGGCCGAAGCGGCCGAGAGGAAGGAGGAAGAGGACGACGCGGCGGCGGCGGCGGCGGCGGAUAAGAUGCAGGUCGAUGCGCUGGAGACCAAGGCCGACGAGGUGGCUAGCGGGGCAGAUGCAAAGAAGGACGAGGACGACGUCAAGCCGCCCGCUGCCGAGGCUGAGGCUAUCGCGGCGCCCGGGGGGGAGACCAAGGAGGGGGAGGAGGACGAGGAGGCCAAGACGCCCAGGCCUAAACGUGACGUGCCCACCUACGCAACGGUGGAAGCACCGCCGAGCCUGCGUCCGCAAAAGAAGUACUGCGACGUCACAGGUCUCAUCGCACCGUAUACCGAUCCGAAAUCGCGCCUGCGCUACCACAGCGUCGAGGUCUACGAGAUCAUCAAGCAGUUCGGGCCGGGCGUCGACAACGCCUACCUCUCGCUGCGCGGCGACGCCACCGAAAUCAAGUAG